AAAAACUUCGUGGCAUCGCAGACUAGCCGUGUACUGUCUCUUUAAGCUCGGGCUGUCCUCUCGUUUCGUAUUGAUCAAUCCUCCAUUUUCCAACACGGAGCGGCGGGCGGCAGUGCGGUGCUAACCCACACCACCGCCUGGAGCCAGCAGUACCUGGAGAACGAGCCGGGCCAGCGGGCAGACAUGGCAGCCAACAUGUACCGGGUUGGAGAUUAUGUUUAUUUUGAAAACUCGUCCAGUAACCCGCUGCUGAUCAGGAGGAUAGAGGAGCUUAACAAGACCGCCAAUGGAAACGUGGAGGCCAAAGUGGUGUGUUUUUAUCGACGUAGAGACAUCUCCAGCACACUCAUCGCUCUGGCUGAUAAACAUGCAAGGGAGAUGGAGGAGGAGAUGGAGAACACCGAGAUGUCUGAGCUCCCAGAGAAACAAAAGCAUCAGCUCAGGCACAGAGAGCUGUUCCUGUCCCGACAACUAGAGUCUCUGCCGGCGACUCACAUCAGAGGGAAGUGCUGUGUUACUCUCCUCAAUGAAACUGAAGCCUUGAAGUCAUAUUUGGAAAGAGAGGAUGCCUUCUUCUACUCGCUGGUGUACGACCCUCAGCAGAAGACGUUGUUGGCCGAUAAAGGAGAGAUCCGAGUGGGAAAUAAGUACCAGGCCGACGUAACAGACAUGCUCCAAGAAGAUGAGGAAGACGGAAGGGAUCUUUCCAAAAUGGAGGAGAAGGUUUGGGAUCCGAACAGCUCGCUCACAGAGAAACAGAUCGACCAGUUUUUAGUCGUUGCUCGGUCAGUUGGAACAUUUGCUCGUGCUUUGGACUGCAGCAGCUCUGUCCGACAGCCCAGUCUCCACAUGAGCGCUGCCGCUGCCUCUAGAGACAUUACACUGUUUCACGCCAUGGACAGUCUUCACACGGCGGGUUACGACAUGACUCGGGCCAUAGCCUCCCUGGUGCCUCAGGGGGGGCCGGUCCUCUGCAGAGACGAGAUGGAGGAGUGGAGCGCGUCUGAGGCUAAUCUGUUUGAGGAGGCUCUGGAGAAGUACGGCAAGGACUUCACAGAUAUACAGCAGGACUUUCUCCCAUGGAAGUCACUCACCAGUAUUAUCGAGUAUUACUACAUGUGGAAGACUACAGAUAGAUAUGUACAGCAGAAACGGUUAAAAGCAGCAGAAGCAGAGAGCAAGCUGAAGCAGGUCUACAUCCCAAACUAUAACAAACCCAACCCAAACCAGCUGAGUAACAGUGUGAAGCCUUUGGUGAAUGGAGCCGGGACCACAGCUCCCCAGACUCCAGGACUGGGCCGGGCCUGUGAGAGCUGCUACACGAGUGGUUCGUUCCAGUGGUACUCCUGGGGUCCUCCGAACAUGCAGUGUCGCUUGUGCGCCUCCUGCUGGACGUACUGGAAAAAGUAUGGGGGUCUGAAGAUGCCCACGAGGCUGGACGGAGAGCGGCCCGGGCCCAACCGCUCCAGCACGAGCCCUCACGGCCUCCCCCUCAGACACAGUGGCAGUCCAAAGUUUGCUGUGAAAACUCGACAGGCGUUUUACCUUCAGACCACUGCCGUGACUCGCGUCGCCCGGAGACUGUGCCAGGACCUGAUUAGACCCCGUCUCCUUGCACGGCACCCGUACCUCCCUGUCAACUCAGCCGCCAUCAAGGCCGAAUGUGCACUACGAUUGCCAGAAAAGCUCAAAAAGCCUUCAUUGAAACCUGUGGAACGUAAACCACUUGAGUCUGUGGUCCGGUAUUUAGAAGCACACCCUCGUCCGGCCCGAGAGCCUCCCCGCUCCGGCUGCAUCUCCACUGGGAGCCUCACUCCGAUCAAAGCCUCUCCUAUCCUGAACCACGGCUCACCCACCAUCCUUGGAAAACGCUCCUACGAACAGCACAACGGACUCGACGGUAAGUCCAAGGUGCUGGUUCCUCAGUGGGACAUCGUGGCCAAACGUUCAAUUCAGGACGAGGUUCAUGAACUGGACUGAAGUGAGGAGGGUCCCUCUGCACUGCAAAGAAAGUGGAGUCGUCUGAUCACCACAGCUGAGGACAGAAGUUGAUUCCCGUAGAAAACAUCUUCUUGCCCCUCAUUUCUGUCUGAGAGUCCAGCACUCCUCUGUAAAUCUGUGGUCCAAACAGCACCCCCUUGUGUACAGGACUAAUCUUACCAUUAUUACCGUCUCUGUAAUUAAUGUUAUUAUAAUUUUCUACUAUAACUUUGCGUAUUGUUGAGCGGUGGAUCUACACAGGUUUCAUGAUAUGCUUGCUUAAAAACCCAUUUGGGACGGGAUUGUAAACACAAAAAAAAUAGCCACUCUCAUCUACUUCUGUGUUUUCUCAUUUAUUUUAACUUCAAAAACAGGAGUUCAUUAUUUCUGAUAUGAGUUAAGUCCUCCAUUUUGGUAAAAAAAAAAAAGCAAUUGCUUUGGACGGUUCAGUUUGGGUCGGUCUCGAUGUUUGGCCUGGUUUAACUUAUUCAAGAAAGAAAUGCUGUUUUUCUACCUUUUUCACAAGUAAUGCGUCUAUGCUUCAAUAAUGCAAUUAAAAAAAAGAUUGGUUUUCCA